AUGAAGCUAGCCAUGACUCUCAGACACCUGGCUACAGGAGACCGGUAUCACACCAUCCAGUAUGACUUCCGGUGUGGCUACAGCACAGUGGUAUGGAUUGUGCAUCAAGUCUGUCAGGCCAUCACACAGGAGCUGAAGGAUGAAGUCAUGCCACUGCCAAGGACCCAGGAGGACUGUAAAGACAUUCCCCAGCAGUUCCAAGACCGGUGGAAUGUUCCUCAUGCCCUGGGGGCCUUGGAUUGCAAGCACAUAGCCAUCAGGAAACCACACAACUCAGGCAGUGUGUUCUUCAACUACAAAUUGUUUUUCUCCGUGGUGCUGUUGGCCCUGGUGGAUGCGGACUAUAAAUUCAUCUGGAUAGACACUGGUGGAGAAGGUCAUCAAUCCGACGCACAGCUGUUUGGUGCUUCAGAACUGAAAGAGUGCAUUGAUGACAACACCAUAAACUUCCCGGACAGCGAUACCAUGACCAAUGAUGACAGAGACACACCCUACUACAUCCUGGGGGAUGAUGCAUUUCCUCUGAGGACUUUUCUCAUGAAACCCUAUGGCAGGAGGGGUCUGGACAAUGACAUGCUGCUGGCCAACUACAGAUUAUCCAGGGGCAGACGUGUGGUGGAGAAUGGUUUCGGAAUACUGGCCAACAGAUGGAGAUGCUUCCUGGGCACCCUGGACCUGAUGUGGUGCGGAGUCAUCCUCCACAACUUACUGAGGAUCAGAUUCCCUGCUAUUGGCAAUGCAGAGGAUGCAAUCGGGAGGAUGAGGACCACACCAAUAUCCCUGGUGCUGGAGGGCAGACCAAUAGGUGGAGGAGAUACCCCAGUUCCAGGCACCCAACAGAGACAAUCGUGA